AUGACUACAAACGACGCGGCUGAGACAAAGAAGAUGUGGGAGAACCUUCAUGUACUGGCGGAUGCAGCGGCUAUGGUGUAUGAUGAAGAACAACGCGAAAGAAAAGGAAAGGCCAAGAUUGUCUCUGAAGAAGAAGACGAAGAGAGCAAGAAGAAGAGCUUCUUCGAUCAUGUCCCAAGAAAGAUAAGGUCUGCGCUAAGAUACUCACAACCGAACUUUGAAAACCUUAAUGGGGCUUCUGCUUCUUCUUCACGCUUAGUCCAAUCGUCUCCAUCUUCGUGCCUAACUAAUCCCACAAGCUCCAUGAGCCAUGCGAUGUCUCAGCGGAGUCGUAGUAGUAGUAGUGGAUUCAAGAAAUCAAAGGAGGUUACUCUUUUUUCAAGAACUCCAAGGUGGCUUAUUCAGGUGAUAAGAGACAUGAACGGAGAAGACCCCAAACUCAUCUGUGAGAAGACUCUGAUCGUAGCUGAUGUCAAGCAGAAGAAGAGCCGUCUCUCUAUACCAUUCAACCUUAUCAGAAACGACUUCUUGACGGCUGUAGAAUCGAGGAUCAUAGAAGAAGACAUCAACAAAGAUGAGAAGAUCGGAGUGGGAGCGCUUCUGGUGGAUCAAAGGACUAAAAUUUGGGGUGUGAUUUUAAAGAAAUGUGAUAUGAAGAACGGAAGCUGGGAUUACAGUUUGGUUUGUGGGUGGGACGACGUCGUUAAGGCUAAUGGAUUCAAACACGGCGACUACAUCAGUCUCUGGUCUUUCAGAUGCCGUGGAGUCCUCUGUUUUGCUCUUGUUCCUCCCUCACAAUGA